CUGCUAAGCGCUAAAAAAUACUAAACAUUGAAUGGAGCGCAUUUUUUAAUGCAGUCAGCCGAUGUUUUAAAUUAAUGAACUAAUUACAUUAAAAUGGAUAACGCAACGACUGUAAAUAAAAGGCGCUCCCUGACGCUCAGCAGCAGAUUACUGCAAAAGCGACACAGUGCUUCUCCACAGAGUCGCGUUUGCGCCAGCGCAACUCAGGAAGGUGCAAAUGAUGGAGGUUCUCCUUGUUCACCGAAUGUGAGCAUUUCCGAAAAUGUGGAGAGCACUCCGCCCCACAAAAGAAUGCAGAUGCUAGACGACAGUCUAGACUUCUCGCAGUACAGCAGCCUAUCGCCUAGCUGCUUGUUCUCACAGACUCUGGUCACCGGCAGUCCGGAAGUCAGCUGGCGGUGGCAGUGCGAUAACAAUGGGCGUCGAGAUAAAGCGAACACUACUUCGGACAGCGGCUUCGAUUCGGAAGAGUUUGGAGCAGAUGCGUACAAGCGGAGGGAAAGGCGGAAACAGGUUCGUGCAGAUGCCGCCAAUGAGCACAGACGCAAGCAGCUGGACAACCGAGAGUGGCGGGCACAGCAAAUACGUGAUCACGAGCUGCUCAGGGAGCGUUGCGACAAACUGCACAGACAGCUGGAUCAACAAAUAGCGGCGCCAGAAGCAACAGAAACAAAUAGUACAAAAUCAGCUGCAAUUGAAGCUGUUGCGGAUCCUGCAUUGGCCGAUUUCCUCAAUGACUCCGACACUGAUUGUUUUUUGUUAGAGGCCUCACAGCAACUGGAGUCAAAGGUGCAGAAGGCAGAACAAACGCCUGCUGCGACCACGCCCACCAGCCACACCAAGAAAAAGAAUGAGAAACAGUGUUCCUUCUACAUGAAGUUCUUGGAGGAUGAGAGCGAAACUGAAGAUUGGUUUGUCGCCCUCGACGAGGCCAUGCUGGAGGCAACGCAGCCCAAGAAGCCGCGCACUUCAUUGCAGCGAUAUAAAUCAAUGCCCAGCAAGGCAGCCGAUAAUGUGGUUUCCACAAACACAAUGUGCUCCACAUCCUCGAGCGACACACCCCGUAUUAAGCGCCACGCCAGCAGCCAUGUCCUCUCCCCGGCGACAUCGAAUGCAAGGAGCAAUCUUUUUGGCAGACGGCAGUAAAGCCUUAGACAAUGUGCUUACGCCCACAAAAAACUGUUCCAACGGCUUCCCAUUUUCGAAUACCAAAUGUGAUGCGCAAAACUUUCGCCCGCCUUCCUAUUUCUCAGAUAUUGUUGUCAUUGAACAUGUAUACGUUAACUUAAUCCAUAUAGUCUUAAGAUAAAUAUGUAAUUAGAAUUGCAGCUCAAUUAAAAGAUAAUUUUAAUUCAAA